GGAGGAAAAUCACUUCAAAACUGUGAUAAACACGGGAAACCUUAUCAGCCUUACAAUAGUUGAUAUCUUUGAUAGCUGAGGAACAAUGUAUAAGUUUUGACAAUUCAUUCAAGAAUUUGACUUGAAUUAUUGUAAACUUCAACAAGGGAGUCAAAAAAAUUAUUGUAAAAAUUAAAGGUAAUUUACCUUUAUAUUUUGAUCUUAUUUACCUGGCUAGAAUUCAGCUGGUUCACAGGGACAAUAGAGCCAAGGUAUUGUUUUAUGGUGAUGAAAUUGUAGAUAUUAGACAACGAUCUACCAAAACAAUACCUUCAUGUAAAACAAAUGAUGACUUCUGUCAACAUGCUUGUACCCACAACAAAACAAUUGGAAGGAAUUUAACUUUAAAAUGUGCUUAUAUCAUGUAUUAAACUGAUUUUUAAUCCAUGAAGACUUUAUUUUGAAUGUGCUAAUGGAGCAAGUGAAGUGCAAAUUAUAACGAAGAAGUUCGGGAGCCAACUUUAGACAGGCUAAAAAAAUAUUUUUGUAACUUUUGACUGAAAUUGACUUGACAGUGUAGUACUACCUGGAAUUUACACAGAAGUUAUUGACAGGACUGUGGUAUCAUGAAUUUAUAUCAAAUGAUCACACUCCUAUGUAGCAUGAUUGGCAGUAUGGCGACACAUCGUCAGAAACAUACAACAUGUAAUGAACAAUUUUCCAACCGUUUAAACAAAUGUAUGGAUACGUUUACGCCUUAUAUAGAACAGUAUACAGGGAUCAAACCCAAGGAUCCGUUCUUACAUCAUGUUUUUGUAACACAUGUUUGCAAAAACUACAAGAAAAUGCUUUUGUGCAUACAUGUGCUACUUACAAACUGUAAAACUAUGGACACUAUGAAAACUGUGCAACAUAAACUUGGACAUGAUUGGGUAAUACAAAUCAACCAAAUGUGCAAUAUCCAAUCAAAUUCAUCUAAAAAUUUAAGUCUUCAACAAAUGUCAACAGACAAGACAAGUGUAGAUUUGUACAAAAGUAAGGAUAAGGAUAAAAUACUAAGUGAUUCAAAUACUAUCAACAAUGGAGAUCAAAAUAAGAUUCUCACAGAGAAACAAAUGACAAAUUCUCAUUCACCUAUGAAUGAAGAUCUGGCUAAAAGUGCCCUUUUCAAUAAAUUAAUGCAUUCCAGUGACACUGAUGUGGAAAUCAUUACAAUGUUUGUGUUCAGAUCUGCACCUAAGACGACACAACAAAGAAGUUCAUUGCCAAAUAGUUCAAAUGGCGCAGACAGACAAAAACUUGCUUCUGUGCAAAAAUAUCACCCAUUAAAUCUGUUGGAAUUGUUGAUUUCUUAUUGUGGAACUAGCAGCAAAGAUACAGACUCUGUGAAAUACAGGUUUUUGGCGCAGAAUGAAAAUUCUUCUAACAAAAAUGGAGCUUCGAGACAUUUUUGUUGGCAAGUGGUUGUAGUAAUAACAGUAAUAAAUUACUUGUACAAUGUGCUCAGAUAACAUAAAUAUCAUUAACAAAUGUUCACUUCUCCUUUAUCUUUCUACAUUCUGUCGCUUUUUUCUCUCCUUCAUACUGUUGGGUCAAUUACAGACUUCAACAUAUUUCUUUUGAAGUGGGGGGUCAGAAUUGAUUAUAGUUAUUUAUUAUUUGAGCAAUGGGUUGUUAGAAACUGCAAUAUAAACAAGUCAUUAACCUUAGGUCUAUGUAAUAUUAUAUAAAUUACUGUCAUUUUUCCUUAACUACUUUGCACUUCAUAUUUAUUAUUCUUCCUAUUGUAAAUAUCAGCUACUGUAACAGAGUCUUAUUCAGUCAGGUCUAGUGUACUCAAUAGUCUCAACCAUCAAUAAAGGUACAUCCAACCAAACAGAAUAAUUCAAGUAUACAUAUAUUUAUAAUGUACUUUUUUUAAUAUAAAAAGUGAAAUAACAAAUCAUUUAAACUUGCUAUUAAAUGUUGCAAAAUACUUUAGAUUCAUUUAUUUUCGUGAAUCCUAAUUUUUAUGUAUUGAGAAAAACUUUAAUAUUACAAUAAUUUCAUAUUUUCAUGUUUGGACCUAUUAAAGUCGACUAUGCAUUAUGGGUAUUGCUCAUUAUUGAGGGCUGUAUGGAUGCCUAUGAAUGCUUACAUCCA